AUGCGCCUUGCUCUCGCCCUCCUCCCUCUGACAGCCCAGGCAGUCAACAUCGUCUCUUCCAACGACGAUGGAUGGGCGGAAAUCAACAUCCGCACGUUGUUCAACUCGUUGACGUCUGCUGGGCAUUCGGUUGUCGUGUCAGCCCCUGCCGAGAACCAGAGUGGAAAGGGCUCCUCCGAUAAAACACCCACCAAACUCACCGAAGCAUGCGAGUUCAACAGCUGUCCGUCUGGAAGCCCUGCCAUCGGCCAUAAUGCGUCGCAGCCGCGCCUCAACUACGUCAACUCAUACCCCCUGACCUCGAUGAAGUACGGCAUCGACAACAUUUCCUCGCAAUUCUACGACGCCCCCGAUCUCGCCGUCUCCGGGCCAAACGCCGGCUCGAACCUCGGCGUGACCGUGUAUUUCUCCGGCACAGUAGGCGCUGCCACAUACGCCGCGCAUAACGCGGGGAUUCCUGCAAUCGCCUUUUCCGGGGCUUCAGGAUCGCAGACCGGGUGGAAUGAGGAGACGCCAUUGUACAGCCAGGUGUAUGCGGACCUUGCGACCAACGUCACCAACCGUGUCAUUGCGUCGGGAACACCCUACCUCCCGGCUGAUGUGUGGUUGAAUGUCAACUUCCCCUCUGUGAGCGACUCGAAAUGUUCCACCACGGAUGAGUUUGAGUUCAUCCUAUCGCGGAUCCACUUGGCCGUGCCACUGGUCACGGAUGACGAUGUAGAAACCUGUGGGAGUAAGCGACUGCCGACCGAGACGGAGGUGAUUCUCAAGUCGGGCUGCUAUGCCAGUGUGUCGGUUGGAAUGGCGGGCGACAAGGGCGAUGCUAAUGCGACGGUGCAGGGGGAGGUGUUGAGUAAAUUGGGCAAUUUCCUGACUUGUCUACCUUGA